AUGAAACAUCUUGUGCGACAUGUGGAGAAAUAUUCGGCUGGGACUGCACAUCCUGACGCUGAGAUACCGAGUUUCGAACAACUGCAAGACUGGAUAAUCAAUUCCGUACAAUACCGGCGCGAACUGACGAAUGCGAGCGCUUUGGUGAUUCUUACACAUGCUAGUGAGAUUGCCAAAGACUUUCUAGUUCGAGCCAAAGAGCUUGCCGAGGGUGUUCAGAAUGAGGAUGGACAGUUAUCGUCAUUGUAUACGUUGCCGCAAGAAUUGAUUCACGCAUUUCAAAAGAUUGUGAUUUACUACCUGGCGAUCGAGCGAGCUUUGCACGAGAACGAAAAGACGUAUGGACUCGACCCUCGGUUUCAGGACUCUCGCAAGCUUACAAACGAUCCAUACUCAUCGAGAGAUGUCGAAGUACUCAGACGCUUUGGUUUCCAGGCGCGACGAUCCCUGCGCAAAGCUCGGUUUCUGUUCUGCGACAUGGGUAGACCCGAGUUACCAUUGAACCUUCGCAAGCAUCUUUCCCUGGGACCAGAAUAUGUGUCUCUAUGGUUUAUGAGAAGGUUGCUGAUGAAGCCUCUCGAGCAGUCCAAGACUAUCGGCGACAUGUAUCAUGUGUACGUCUCCAAGGUUCAAUUCGAAAUCAACCACAGACCAAGCAAGCGCCUUCUGCGCGCCAUCAAUUUGAUUCAAGAAGAGUUGCAAGUCUUACAGCUAGUAAACACCUGGCAAACCAAUCUGGUACGAAAUUAUCUGGAGGUCAUCGAUGACAGCACAUAUGAGAAGCUAAGCCCAUCUCGUCGGGCUAUGUAUCUUUACGAGGAAGCUCUGGGAAGGGCCUGCCUAGAACACCUUUCCCUAGUUCGGCUAGAUUACGUUGAUCUAAUGCGACGUUGCGCCCCGCUCUCCGAUCGCACGAAACAGAUCUUGGAGAUCAACGAAGAAGAUCAUGGAAAGGCUAUCAUGGUCUUCACGGUCGUUACAGUCAUCUUUUUGCCAUUGUCAUUCGUUACAAGCUACUUCGGUAUGAAUGCCUCUGACAUCAGAGACAUGGACGAAACACAAGCUGUCUUCUGGAGUGUUGCCAUACCACUAACCUGCGUCACUGUAGGCUCUUGCUUACUGAUCGGUUAUAAUGGCGAUAGCAUACGGGACCUACUCUCGUCCAUGUAUCGCAAAACGAUGAGAAAAGAGAGAGACACAGUGGAAGCCGCUAGUAUAACCGUUGCGCAACGCCAAGGGCCGUCCAAAUCCAAGGGCGGUUUAGACAGUAUCAUUGACCCGUUUGGCGCAGCUUACGAAGUAUUUCCUAGCCGACGGCGUGACCUAUACAGAGCGAGUUAUGGCGAUGAUGAUUUUGACGAGUGGUAUGUGCCAGACCACCCUAUGAGCAAGUCCCCAUAUCUUUCUCAACCAUAUUCGUCUGGUGUUCCAGCGAAGGGACAACACUCAUACGCCAGUCCGGCACCCCUAGCAAUCGAAGCACGCCGGCAAUCACUAUACCCAUACCCACAUGUACCCGACAGAAGAUCGUCACGUAUGGACUACAAACGUUCACCAUACAUGCCUUACAAGGAAGCUGCGCCAGUCCGCCCUCGUCCACACCACAUAAUGAAGGGUCACUACGCCAAUUCGAACGACCUGUUCAACCCAUUCAGUCCGACCAGUCAUGUCGAUCCGUAUGCAGAUGGUGAUCUUCGAAGCAGACUUAACAUCUACGGUCAUCCCAUGUCUCAUCUUCCACCUUACCCACCACCACGACGUAUGUCAACAAAAGACACAACUACCCGCUCACGCUCGAGGUACUAUGACGACGACGGCGACGGCGAUGACGACGAUGACGACGAUGAAUGGUUUGAACGCGGUGGCCGUGUUGAAGUCACGGAGCGGUAG